AUGAGCGCAGACGAUGGUAGCAAAAAGCUCAAGCGCCUAACCGACAAGUUCAUCGAACAGGGAGUAAAGAUCAGGCUCUAUUGCGGCAACGACAGUCUCUAUCUUCAGCUGGAUGGGGGGGAUUUGCCGUUAGAUCCUGUCCUCCAGAACAGGGCGUUCGAUCUAGCCGCCAGGGACAUCUCAGACCGUGUGACAACCGAGUUUUUCAAAGAGCUGGUCGAGCUCCUCAAAUCAGUCAAUGAAGUCGAAGUUGAUGAGCACAACCAAACCCCCGUUGUUGACAAUAGCAGCGGGGCCGACAAUUCUCCUCCUACUUUAAGUCAAGUCCAGGCUCACUUGCAGCAAUUCAUUGCCAAAAACCUGGGCCCCUUCAACCUCAAAUCAGGCGAGCUCGAGAAGAUCGCCGAACAAGUAGCAAAGAAGGGUGCAAAGAUCCAGCAAGAUUUCGACUUGACCAGGGACGAAAUCAACUCGCUUGCCGUGAUUUCUUUGUAUGACAUCUUUUUCCUCUGUGAUGAUAGCGGUUCGAUGAAGAUAGGCAACCGAAUCCCGGCGCUGGUCAGGUCGCUUCAGAGCAUCGCCGCGUGGGCCACCCUGCUGGAGCCCAGUGGAGUCUCGGUGCGCUUCCUGAACUUCACCGGAGACAUGAACAACGAGUUCGACAACCUUCGAAACGAGAAGAUGAUAGCAGACAAGGUGUACAAUAUUCCGCACGGCCGUCUUACAAGGCUCGGAACCGUGUUAAAAGAAAAGAUAUUGCAGCACAAGACCGUGGAAAACCUAACUAAGCCUCUAAUCGUCGUCAUUAUCACCGAUGGUGAGCCCAAGGGAGAGGAUAAAAACUGCCUAUGGAACAACAUCGUCGAGUGCAAGCAAGAGUUGGGAAAGGGGGGGAAAGAAGCAGGCAUGGUCUUCAUUAUCUUCCGGGUUGGCAAUAGCAAUGACGCACGAGUCUUCCUUAACGACGCGAAAGACGACGCGAAACUAGACGGUUUGGUAUACCGUAGCGACGAGCCGAUUGACGGUGUUCUCCGGAACCUUGUCCCUGCACUUGACCAUGUGCGCAGCGAGACUGGCGAGGAAUACAAGGAAUACAAGAGAUAUGUCCAGAGGCUUGUGAGAUAG